AUGGGAGAGAGGUGGCCUUCCCACACCUCCAUCAGCCACACCCCAACCAGUACCACUUCCCUCUCCUUCAUUGCCUGGGCACAGUGGGAUUCGACUCGCAUUCCCGAGGGAGUACGAUGGGACGGCGGCCGGGUGCCAGGUGUUCUUACUCCAGAUGGACCUAUACCUGGCGACCGUUCGUCCGGCUCCUUCGGGAGGGCAGUGGUUGGGCACAGAGAGCCGAUGCCUGACGACAGUAGAGACAACAUCACUAUUUUCACCCGGAUCCUGGACAGACUGCUGGAUGGCUACGACAACCGGCUUCGCCCCGGACUAGGAGAGAGUGUGACGGAGGUGAGGACUAAUAUCUACGUGACCAGCUUUGGACCGGUGUCAGACACAGACAUGGAGUACACCAUCGAUGUGUUCUUCCGUCAGAGCUGGAGGGAUGAGAGGCUGAAGUUCGACGGGCCCAUGCAGGUCCUGCCUCUUAACAACCUCCUGGCCAGUAAGAUCUGGACUCCAGACACCUUCUUCCACAACGGGAAGAAAUCUGUGGCCCACAACAUGACCACGCCCAACAAACUGCUACGACUGGUGGACAACGGUACCCUGCUUUACACUAUGAGGCUAACCAUCCACGCUGAGUGUCCCAUGCACUUGGAGGAUUUCCCCAUGGAUACACAUGCCUGCCCUCUGAAGUUUGGGAGCUAUGCGUAUACAAACAAUGAGGUUGUCUAUCUCUGGACCAAAGGAGAUGAGGACUCUGUAGUCGUAGCAGAUGAUGGGUCAAGGCUAAACCAGUAUGACCUACUGGGCCACGUUAUUGGGAAAGAAUCUAUGAUUUCCAGCACAGGAGAAUAUGUAGUGAUGACAACGUAUUUCCAUUUGAAAAGGAAAAUUGGCUAUUUUGUGAUUCAAACCUACCUUCCGUGCAUCAUGACUGUCAUCCUGUCUCAGGUCUCCUUCUGGCUAAACAGAGAGUCGGUUCCCGCCCGCACUGUAUUCGGGGUCACCACAGUUCUAACCAUGACAACCCUGAGUAUCAGUGCCAGGAACUCCCUGCCUAAGGUGGCCUAUGCCACAGCUAUGGACUGGUUCAUGGCGGUAUGCUAUGCCUUUGUCUUCUCUGCCCUGAUAGAGUUUGCCACAGUCAACUACUUUACCAAGCGCAGUUGGGCGUGGGAUGGCAAGAAAGAGGCCCAGGAGAUGAGGAGAAGAGAAUCGGCCUCUCUUUCCAAAAAGGCCAAUAACACAUUCAACAUUGUUGGAACUACAUACACCAUCAACGAGGCAAAGGACCCAGGUUUAAUCACCGUCUCCAGGAGUGCCACUACAGCUACACACCACCAACACCACCACCACCACCACCACAGCCACAAGGUUCCUAAAAUGGACGACAAUUACGUGGAAGCCAUAAAGUCCUACAACCGUGUCAGCAGAGUGGACAAGAUCUCACGCAUCAUCUUCCCUGUGCUGUUCUUCAUCUUCAACCUGGUCUAUUGGGCGACGUACAUCAACAGCAAGCCGCCUCCCAAGUCCACCACCCACAAUUAA